AUGAGUUCGCAAUCUAAGCCAGUUCCAUGGAAAAACUGGGAUGAAUGGAUUGAAGUUUACGAACUGUUAUUUAGUGAGAAUGAGAAUGAAAUUCUUAAAGGAUGUGCAAUAGUUUCCGCAUGGGCAACAAAAAGAGAUAUUCCAAUUUCAAUAGAAGUCACAGCUGACUUACAAAGAGAAUUACAUCACAAUAGAAAUGUCAACGCAUUAUCUCUUGCUGUUAUUAGAUUUAUAAAUGGUCUUAUAGAACCAUAUAAAAAUACAAAUAUUGCUUCUUCAAUACAAAGAAUAGGUGAACAAUGCAAUAUCCCAGAGCAUAUUAUAUCAAUAAGACAUUUAGCAACUCAUGGAAAACUUCCUACAUUCGAAUUUGCAGCUGCUGGUGCUGUUUCUGCACUUAUCUAUCUUAAAAAAUACUAUUGGAGUGAACAAUACAAUUUAAUAAUGCAAUCAAGAGCAAAUGCUCGUGAAGAAAUUAUGAUUUACUUAAAUUCUGGAAAAAUUCCGUUUCAAAAUCUGCCAAAUAACAUUAUACUUGCAUUCGGGAUGCCAGAGUUACUGAAGUUCAUAACAAAUGAAAACGAAUCUUCGGUUAAAACCUAUGGUUGGAAAGUAAUUGAUUUAUUACAUAACUUGGAUAGAAUUCCUGACCUUGGGCAAUCUUUCUGUUCUUCACUGUUUGAGUUGGCACACGAAGGAAACCAAUCUGCAAUAGCUUGGUAUGAAUUUAUCAGUAAAUCAUUUCCAAUUCCAGAUAAUCUCCUUAAUUGGACUCCAUUAGAAGAUAGUGGAGUUGUAGAUGAUUGGCCAGACUGUUCUAUUGGCAAUCUUCCAUUUAAUAAUCAGCAACUUUCUUUGGACCAAGAAGACAUUGAUUUUGUUGAUCCUCUCGAUGAAUGA